AUGUCCUCCGAUGUCCUACUCGAGGAAUUCGAGGUCCUUGAAUCGAUAUAUCCCACUGAGUUGUCCAAACUCUCUGAUACCGAUAUCCAGAUCGAGGCAGAGCCAGAUGAUCCAGGAGACAGCGACGAAUCUGUGAAACUCCUGCUAAAAGUACAUUACCCCAACGCGUAUCCAGACGUUCUUCCAGAGCUCUCGCUAGAGCCCGUAGACGGCGAGUUCGAAGAUGAGGAACUGGACGCGCUGGUCGCUGAUAUGGAAUCUGUGGGCAAGGAUAAUCUUGGGAUGGCGAUGACCUUUACGCUGGUGUCUCAUUUACGAGAAAUCUUGUCCAGCCUAAUCCGAGAGAGAGCGGAAAAGAAGAAACGAGAAGAAAGGGAGAAGGAGCGAUUGGCUUUGGAAGCGGAGGAGGCAAGGACUCGUGGAACACCAGUGACGGUGGAGUCGUUCAAAGCAUGGAAAGCCAAGUUUGAUAGGGAGAUGGCAAUCAAAAAAGCUAAAGAAGAUGAAGAGAGGCUCAGAGGAAUGACGGCAAAAGAACGCGAGGAGUGGAAGAGGAUGACGACGAGGCUGUCUGGGCGGCAACUAUUUGAACGUGGUAGAGACCUUGAGGAUGAAGCGCUUCUGGAGGAGGGCGCCGUUUCAGUAGAUAUCAGCCAGUACGACAGAUCGGCGGUAGAAGACGAAGCAGAAGAGGAACAUGUAACAUUCAGUGAUAGCGAUUAA